AUGGCUGCCCGGCGCUCGAGCGAGAAGGUCAAGACCGCGCCGUCUACCUCCGGCGAGACUUCAGCAGACUUUCCGUCGAAGGGAAUCAAGCGCAAGCAAUCAGGCUUACGAAAGUGA